GCUAGGCGUUUGGAGCCUCCCGUUGGAUCCGGCUUAGCUUAGUUUCCAGCAAUUCGCUCCUGAUUAUCGACCGGGUUUGAGCCUUGGCCUGGGCCUGGGGUGGUUAACUCUUGCCUAGGUCCAGUGUCUGCUACCCGGCUCUGUCCCAAGCGAAAAGCUGUUUACGAGCGUGCUGUUAGGUGCGACUAGGCAUUGCAAUCACCUGCCGGCAGAGGGCGUAUUACGCUAGAGUGGAUCAAAGUGACCACAGUGUAGCCAUGGGUACAGCACUCGUGUACCACGAGGACAUGACAGCCACCCGGCUGCUCUGGGAUGACCCCGAGUGCGAAAUUGAGUGUCCGGAGCGCCUGACUGCUGCCCUGGAUGGCCUGCGGCAGCGUGGCCUAGAACAAAGGUGUCUGCGUUUGUCAGCUUGUGAGGCAUCAGAGGAAGAGUUGGGUUUGGUGCACAGCCCGGAAUAUAUAGCCCUGGUGCAGAAGACCCAGACCCUGGGCAGAGAGGAGCUUCAGGCACUGUCUAAGCAGUAUGACGCUGUCUACUUCCACCCGAACACUUUUCACUGUGCCCGGUUGGCUGUGGGGGCGGCACUGAAGCUGGUGGAUGCUGUGCUAACAGGAGCUGUGCACAAUGGGCUUGCCCUGGUGAGGCCUCCAGGGCACCACAGUCAAAGGGCAGCUGCCAAUGGAUUCUGUGUGUUUAACAAUGUGGCUAUAGCAGCCAAACAUGCCAAGCAGAAAUACGGGCUGCAGAGGAUUCUCAUUGUCGACUGGGAUGUCCACCAUGGCCAAGGCAUCCAGUAUAUCUUCGAUGAUGACCCCAGUGUCCUUUAUUUCUCCUGGCACCGCUAUGAGCAUGGGCACUUCUGGCCAUUCCUUCGAGAGUCCGACGCAGAUGUAGUUGGGCAAGGGCAGGGCCAAGGCUUCACCGUCAAUUUGCCCUGGAACAAGGUUGGGAUGAAAAAUGCUGACUAUUUGGCUGCCUUCUUGCACGUGCUGCUCCCAUUGGCCUUUGAGUUUGACCCUGAGCUGGUGCUGGUCUCAGCAGGAUUUGACUCUGCAAUUGGGGACCCGGAGGGGCAGAUGCAGGCCACACCUGAGUGCUUUGCCCACCUCACACAGCUGCUACAGGUGCUGGCUGGUAGCCGGAUUUGCGCUGUGUUGGAGGGCGGAUACUGCUUGGAGUCCCUAGCACAGUCAGUGUGCAUGAUGGUGCAGACACUCCUUGGUGAUCCCGCACCUCCCCUUCUCGGGCCCAUGGUGCCUUGUCAGAGUGCCCUGGAGUCCAUCCAGAGUGUCCAGAGAGCCCAGGCCCGUCACUGGAAAAGCCUCCAAUACAGUGUGGCUCCAGGCCUGAGUUCCAGCACUCACUCUCCUGAAGGGAGGUCUCUGCCUCUGCCUGCUGAGAGCUCCACGUGUGCAGAGGCAGAGGGGGCACUGAGCCCCCUCCUGCACAGACUGUGCCUCCGCCCUGCACCCCCAGUGUGCACAGCUGUUGCCCUGACGGUGCCUGGUGCUGCUCUGGCCUUACCUCCUGGAGUGCUCCAUCAGGAAGAGUCAGUCUUGAGGGAGGAGACCGAAGCCUGGGUCAGAUUACACAAGUCCCAGUUCCAGGAUAAGGGUCUUGCCGCACUGGGGAAGAUUCUGUGUCUCUUGGAUGGACUCCUGGACGGGCAGGUAAGAAGCGGCAUAGCAGCCACAAUUGCCCUUGCCAUAGCAGCAACUUUGGAUGUGGUCAUUCAGCGAUGCCUAUCUCACGGAGCUCAGAGGCUGCUGUGUGUGGCUCUGGGACAGCUGGAUCGACCCCUGGACCUUGCAGAUGAUGAGAGAAUUUUGUGGCUGAACAUCCGGGGCAAGGAGGCAGCCGUCUGGUCCAUGUUCCACAUCUCCACUCCACUGCCACAGACGACUGGGGGUUUUCUGAGCUGCCUCUUGGGUCUCAUACUGCCCCUGGCCUAUGGCUUCCAACCUGAUGUGGUGUUGAUGGCACUGGGGCCUUCCCAUGGCCUGCAGACCGCCCAAGCUGCUCUGUUAGCUGCAAUGCUUCGGGGCCCAGUAGGGGGCCGAAUUCUAGCUGUAGUGGAAGAGGAAUCUAUACUCCAGCUUGCAAGGACCCUGGCAGAGGCACUGAAUGGAGAAGCACCUCCCAGUCUGGGUCCUUUCUUGAUGGCUGCGCCAGAGGAGACCCAGGCCCUUAUGUUUCUAAAAGCUCAGCUGGAGCCUCGGUGGAAGUUGCUUCAGGUGGCUGUUCCUCCACCAGGAUCAUGCUCUCCAGUCGCUUGAAAUCGGUCAUGGUGGGCGAUUCCUGUUUGGAGAAGAGUACACUUAGGUUCCAGCGAGCCGUGGCCUGAGACCUACAUCCCCUCUGCGGCCCUGCCUUCCUCCCUCCUCAACAAUAAACAUAGGCUACACAGAA